GGCGACAGACGCCGUGGCUCCCAGCUCGCGAGUGCAGCUGCGGCGGCGCGGGCCUCUCACGGCGACACUCCCCCACCCGCACGCCCCUCCCCCACCCCGCACCGGGAUCCGGACCGACUGCGCGCGAGCUCGCGGCCCCUUCCCCGGCGCUGAGCGAGGAGCGAAGCUGCGGCGACGAGCGGCGGCUGCGCGGCCAUGGGCGCGCCCGGGUCGCCCUAGGGCGGGCGCGCGGAGACCAAAGCCCGAGCGGCAGUCUCGGCAGCGAGCUCUCUCGGGCGGCGGCGGCGGCGGCGGCAGCAGGAGCAGCGCAGCCGGGAUGAGCGGGAGCGGCGCGGCGCCCGGCCCGGGCUCGGGCUCCUCCCCGGCCGCCUGCCGUUUCGCGCACUACUUCGUGCUGUGCGGGAUCGACGCGGACAGCGGCCUGGAGCCCGACGAGCUGGCGGUUUUGUACCAAUGGCUAGAAGCAGAUCGUCAUGGCAAGAGCCAAGAUGCUGCAAAUACGACUUCAGGUGAAAAUUUUGACCAGAGUCCUUUGAGAAGAACAUUCAAAUCCAAAGUUCUGGCCCACUAUCCUCAGAAUAUAGAAUGGAACCCUUUCGAUCAAGAUGCAGUAAACAUGUUGUGCAUGCCUAAAGGGCUGUCUUUCAGAACACAAACUGACAAUAAAGACCCUCAGUUCCACUCAUUUAUAAUUACCCGGGAAGAUGGUUCUCGUACCUACGGUUUUGUUCUCACUUUUUAUGAAGAAGUUACAAGUAAGCAAAUCUGCACAGCAAUGCAGACGCUCUACCAGAUGCACAACGCAGAGCAUUACAGCAGCUUGUAUGCUUCAUCCUCCUGCAGCAUGGACUCACUGGCAAGCAGUAUUGACGAGGGAGAUACCACUUCCCUUUUGAAACUCCAGCGAUACAACUCUUACGACAUCAGCAGAGACACCCUGUAUGUUUCAAAAAGUAUAUGUUUGAUCACACCACUGCCUUUCAUGCAGGCCUGCAAGAAAUUCCUUAUCCAGCUUUACAAGGCAGUUACCUCACAGCAGCCACCACCCUUGCCGCUUGAGAGCUACAUCCAUAAUAUUCUCUAUGAGGUGCCCCUUCCUCCUCCAGGGAGAUCACUGAAAUUUUAUGGUGUUUAUGAACCUGUCAUCUGUCAGAGGCCGGGCCCCAGUGAACUUCCUCUCUCCGAUUACCCGCUCCGAGAGGUCUUCGAGCUCCUGGGCCUGGAGAACUUGGUACAGGUGUUUACAUGCGUUCUUUUAGAGAUGCAGAUCCUUCUCUACUCACAAGAUUAUCAACGCCUGAUGACCGUGGCGGAAGGCAUCACCACACUUCUGUUCCCAUUUCAGUGGCAGCAUGUUUAUGUGCCCAUCCUCCCUGCUUCUCUGCUACAUUUUCUUGAUGCUCCUGUCCCUUAUCUGAUGGGCCUUCAGUCAAAAGAAGGAACUGACCGUUCUAAGCUAGAACUUCCUCAAGAGGCUAAUUUGUGUUUUGUGGAUAUUGACAACCAUUUUAUUGAGUUGCCUGAAGAAUUUCCACAGUUCCCCAAUAAAGUAGAUUUUAUCCAGGAACUCUCUGAAAUUCUUCUUCAAUUUGGGAUCCCUCCUGAGGGCAGCCUACAUUGUAGUGAGAGUGCCACCAAGCUAAAGAAUCUGGUUCUGAAAGACUUGGUCAAUGACAAGAAGAACGGCAACGUCUCUGCUAAUAACAUUAGCAUGUAUGAGUUACUGAAGGGCAACGAAACCAUAGCCCGCCUCCAGGCUCUAGCCAAGCGGACUGGUGUGACCGUGGAAAAAAUGGACCUCUCUGCCUCUUUGAGUGAAAAAGAAAAAGAUUUAAAACUGCAGUGUGAAGAGGCAGAACUAAGGGACUACCAGCUCAACGUACAGCUCCGAGAGGUCUUUGCUAACCGCUUUACACAGAUGUUUGCAGAUUAUGAAGCGUUUGUGAUUCAGACCGCCCAGGACAUGGAAUCUUGGCUGACCAACCGGGAACAGAUGCAGAACUUUGACAAAGCUUCCUUUCUGUCUGACCAGCCUGAACCUUACCUGCCAUUUCUUUCACGCUUCAUUGAAACACAGAUGUUUGCCACCUUUAUUGAUAAUAAAAUUAUGUCUCAGUGGGAAGAGAAAGAUCCUUUGCUUCGAGUCUUUGACUCUCGGAUUGAGAAGAUAAGACUGUAUAAUGUAAGGGCACCCACCUUGAGGACAUCUAUAUAUCAGAAAUGCAGCACUUUAAAAGAAGCAGCCCAAUCAAUUGAGCAGCGACUGAUGAAAAUGGAUCACACUGCAAUCCACCCACAUCUACUUGAUAUGAAAAUUGGUCAAGGCAAAUAUGAACAAGGGUUCUUUCCAAAGUUACAGUCUGAUGUCUUGGCAACAGGACCAGCUAAUAACAAUCGCUGGGUAAGUCGGAGUGCCACUGCACAGCGCCGGAAAGAGCGCCUUCGCCAACAUUCCGAGCACGUUGGGCUGGACAACGACUUGAGGGAGAAAUACAUGCAAGAGGCACGAAGUUUAGGAAAAAACCUGAGGCAACCCAAAUUGUCAGACCUCUCUCCUGCAGUGAUUGCACAAACCAACUGGAAAUUUGUAGAAGGCUUAUUAAAAGAAUGUAGAAUGAAGACAAAACGCAUGUUGGUGGAAAAGAUGGGACACGAAGCAGUGGAACUGGGCCAUGGGGAAGCAAACAUAACCGGCCUGGAGGAGAACACCCUGAUCGCCAGCCUCUGUGACCUGCUGGAAAGGAUAUGGAGCCAUGGCUUGCAGGUCAAGCAGGGGAAGUCAGCUUUGUGGUCACAUUUAAUUCAGUUUCAGGACAGAGAAGAAAAACAAGAGCACCUUGCAGACUCACCAGUUGCCCUUGGACCAGAAAGAAGAAAAUCUGACUCAGGAGUUAUGUUGCCAACAUUAAGGGUCUCUCUUAUCCAAGACAUGAGGCAUAUUCAAAACAUGAGUGAGAUCAAGACUGAUGUCGGACGAGCUCGAGCAUGGAUAAGAUUGUCUCUAGAAAAGAAGCUCUUGUCCCAGCAUCUCAAGCAGUUGCUCUCUAACCAACUGCUCACAAAGAAGCUUUAUAAACGUUAUGCUUUUCUACGUUGUGAAGAAGAAAGAGAGCAGUUUCUUUACCAUCUUCUUUCCCUCAAUGCUGUGGACUAUUUCUGCUUCACCAGUGUGUUCACCACUAUCAUGAUUCCGUAUAGGUCAGUGAUCAUUCCCAUCAAAAAGCUGAGCAAUGCGAUCAUCACAUCGAACCCUUGGAUCUGUGUGUCAGGAGAACUAGGAGACACGGGAGUAAUGCAGAUUCCCAAAAAUCUCCUCGAAAUGACUUUUGAAUGCCAGAACCUGGGGAAGCUGACUACUGUUCAGAUUGGUCACGAUAACUCAGGACUGUUAGCCAAAUGGCUAGUGGAUUGUGUCAUGGUCAGAAACGAAAUCACAGGACAUACAUACAGGUUCCCUUGCGGGCGGUGGCUGGGGAAAGGCAUUGACGAUGGAAGCCUGGAGAGAAUUCUCAUUGGAGAAUUGAUGACAUCAGCAGCAGAUGAGGAUCUAGUGAAGCAGUGUCGGACUCCACCCCAGCAGAAAUCACCCACCAUGACCAGGAGACUAAGCAUCACUUCACUGACAGGAAAAACUACCAAACCCAAUGCUGGACAGAUCCAAGAAGGAAUUGGAGAAGCUGUGAACAAUAUUGUGAAACAUUUUCACAAACCUGAAAAAGAGAGAGGAAGCCUCACUGUGUUGCUGUGUGGAGAGAGUGGCUUAGUUGCAGCACUUGAGCAAGUUUUCCACCAUGGCUUCAAAUCUGCUCGCAUCUUUCACAAGAACGUCUUCAUCUGGGACUUCAUAGAGAGAGCAGUUGCUUAUUUUGAAACAACUGACCAGAUUCUAGACAAUGAAGAUGAUGUCCUCAUUCAGAAAUCAUCCUGCAAAACCUUCUGCCACUAUGUAAAUGCUAUUAAUACUGCACCCAGGAACAUUGGGAAGGAUGGCAAAUUCCAGAUUUUAGUUUGCCUUGGAACACGGGAUCGCCUGCUCCCACAGUGGAUUCCGCUGUUAGCCGAGUGUCCUGCCAUCACCCGAAUGUAUGAGGAGAGCGCCCUCCUGCGAGAUCGCAUGACCGUCAACUCCCUCAUCCGCAUUCUGCAGACCAUCCAGGACUUCACCAUAGUCUUAGAAGGCUCACUCAUCAAAGGAGUGGAUGUGUAACCCAAUUAGCUAGAAACUCUCAGUCCAGACCCCUUGUUCCUGAAGCUUCCCCAACGAUGGGGACCGAUUUGGACUUGUCUGACGAGGUAGUGAGUCACUGCAGGGGGCAACACACCGUAUCCCCCAGUUUGAACAAUCCUGACACUACAGACAAGGGGUGAAAAUGUAAAACAACUGGCCCAGAGAAGGUACAGGCCAGUACUGGCGAAUUGGAAGCAAAACAAGAGGCAACAAUUUUAGAAGACCAAACGUUGUGAGUAACUUUCCAGUUUGGUAUUUUUUAAGGAAGUUAAAUAAAUUUGGUAUUAGCUCUUUACCUGAAGUCUUCAUCUUACGGUCAGUCCUGUAAGUCUAAUUAGGCAUUUGCAUGUUGUUAGCAGGGAAAUUGCCUCAGCAGAGCUCCAGAUUGUAUUCCCAGUUGUGGCUGAGAAGCAAAGCCAUGGCCUCUCAGGACCCUUGUGUAAUCUGAGGGGACAGGCUUUAGCCAAUAGCGUUGUUUAGCUUUUUUCCUGGAGGAAGAAACUAAUGAAACAAGUGCCUCACUCCCUUUAUCAAACACUGUAUUCAGCCAAGGCACAUGCCCUUUUAAUACGUGACUGAGUACUUGAGGAGGGUAGGGAGAGUUGAAGGCAGCAUUUAGAAACCCAUGGAAAGGGUUUAAGAAGAUGGUUCUGGGUGACCUGGGCAGACCAGAAAUUUGUUUGCCUACGGCUAAAGUUUGUCCACAGUGGUGUGGCUGUUCCAGGGACAUGGAAAGUCUGUUAUGGGAGACAUCCAGAACCUGUUUCACACUAGGCACUUACUGUUUCAAUGAUGAGAAACCAUAGCGUGAUCCAAUCCCGGAUUUUGUUCUUGUUACCUUUUCCAAAGGCCAUGCUUCUGACACAUUCUGGGCAAACAGAGAGAUGGCUUAGGUUAACAGGCUAGAAUUGAGUCAUCUAGUCUAGCCUUCUCAUUUUACAGAUGGGAACACUUAAGGGUCAGAGAGAUUAAAUACUUAACCGCACACCUGGACAGUGACAACACAGAGUCUAGAAUUCAUGUUUUUUAUUACACCAGGCUGCAUGAGACCGGCCUCCAAGGCAUUCAUAUUAAUAGUCCUUCUACCCUUGGUUGUUUAUUCAUCCACCUAUACAGGUAGCACAGGGAUUAAUAUUCAUUUUAACAAAUUGUCCUUAAGUUAUAGAGAAUUACACCUAUUAUAAAAAGUAGGAGCAGGAAUUCUCUGGCGGUCCAGUGGUUAGGACUCCGUGCUCUCACUGCCAAGUGCCCGGGUUUGAUCCCUGGUCAGGGAACUAAGAUCUCACAAGCCUCACGGCGCGGCCAAAAAAAAAAAAUUGGAUUUCGGACCUGUGAAUAAAACCAUUACUUUAAAAAGUAAUACCUCCCAAAAGAGUUAUACCUAAAGUUUCAUCCCACUUUCUAUUGUCUGACUAUAGUAGUGAGAUGACCAAUUUCAAAAGAAGGAAUCACACCAGAACUGACACAUCCUCUAGAAUGCUAGGCCCUUUAGAGUGGUCACCUUGGGAGUCCAUAUAUGUAUGCCAGUGAUAAAGCCAGUGCUCCAGACACCUGGGGGACCUCCUUAUGAGCUGCCUGAAUGACCUACAGCCCAUUCUUUUGAAUACUGCCAGUGAUGGGAAAUGGUGGCCUUUCAAAAGAAAUUUAAUAUUUGGCAACAACAAAAAGUCCUUAGGUUACAAGUUGAUGAAUGAAAAGGAUACUUAAGCAAAGUUUGGGGUCACAUAAGAAACACAAUUCUAAACAAAUAAGACUUAGUUCUUACAUGGCUUAUAACUGUCUUUGAGCCAAUAUCAAAAUAUUUUGAGCGGGACAGUAGCAGAAUCCUUAGAAUAAAUGUACAUAGCCUUCUAAGCUGACUUUUGAAGGUCAUUCAGAGGUAUGCUUUCUGCUCUGUUAACACUUUAUUUUUUUUUCCUGUUAAUACUUCAAAUUAGUAUAUUGCUUUAUCAUCACACUUCAAAGUUAAAGUACAUAAAAAUCAAUUUUGUAAUUGACUUUUUUUUCCUCAAAAUAAAUUAAAAGUAAUGCCUGGAAUCAUAAUUAGUAUUUUCACAUAAUAAUAGGUUAAGAAGAAAUUGUUUUAAAAUUAAAUUGCCCAAAAUAUUAUCUCUUGAAACAUUUAUCUUCCAAGUGUUUUCCAAAUGUCCUGAAACUCCUAAUAUCAACUUUGGUGACAUAGUGGCAUUACACCGACAUUGGUAUUAUGUGUGAGACCCUGAAGCUGUGCCCUGUCUGGGGGCUCACCAGCGCCUUAAAAACGACUGAGGCUCAGUGUGGAGUAGUAUAAAGUAGGGUUCUCAGUGGAGAAAAAUGGGCUACUGAGAACAAAAGGAAGGCCUCCCAACCUUCUCCAUCCUCUUUCCCACUGGGGGCAAGAAUUUGAUAGAAGAACCUAAAGCUUGCAAAAGUUUAUGAUUUCCCUCUAAAAUUUAUUUUAAAUAUUUCACACAUUUUGUACCUUUUGUAACACUAUGGUAUUUACUUUAACAUGGCUUUUUAAGAAAUCAUUUUAAUGAACUUCUUUCACACUAUAUGAAUGAUACAGGGGAAAUACUGAAUUGCUCAUAUUUCCUUUUUUUUGGCAAUAAAGCACUGUAGUAUGUAAAUGUAAGUAAAAGAGGGAUAGAGGCUAUACAUAACAGUUCAUGUGUAGUAAAUGUUGACACCUCUGAGAUAUUUUGAAACAUGAGGCAACAGACAAGGACCUCAGAUUCCCCAGGGAAAUAUUUAUUUGGCAGCAUUGGAAGUGUAACUUGUAAUGAUGAAAUAGCUUCUUUCUGCUAAGAAUUAUGAUUUUUUCAGUAGAUUUUCAUUUUGAGAACUGUGAGUAUUUUCUCUGUGAGGUUUACAGAAACCAGUCUACCUUUUUCACCAUUCGAAAGGACAGUCUGAACCGUAGCUAUUUACAUUUCAGUAUUAACACACCUUCACUGAUUGAGAAUGGAGUCUUGAGAUCUUCUCUACUUUUUUUGUAAAGUGAAUCAAUCCUAUUUCCAAGUCAUCCGUGUCAUUUGAAGUCCAUGUUUCUUAUAUAAGUAUUUGUUACAUUACCUUUUAGUGUAAAAGGAGACAGAAACAAAUAAUAAGCUACUAGAUCUCUUAUUCCUAUUAAAAUACAUUUAUAAAUCUCUUGAAUCAAACUGAUUUCCAAGCUUUUUGAAGAGGGUACCAAUGGAGUGAGAUCAGAGUAAUCCAAGGAGAACCUCAUCCUUUCAGAUCUUACUAGACCUGAUUGUCCUCUCAAGGACAAAAUAAAGAUUGGCUCCAGAAAGUUAUCACAUUGAGCAGUUAAUACCAGGGUGAAAAAAAAUCAUCAAAAACACUCUCCUCAUUUGAAGGAAUCCAGGGUAUCCUUGGGUUAUGUGGGAGGGAAUCAUGCUUGACCCAGUUACCUAAAUGUAUUUACAUGUGGCCCAGCCUUUAUUCCAAACACUAGACAGAUCUUGUUAAAAGUAGAGAGGUAUGGUAAGAGUUCCUGUUGUCAAUCAAAUGAGGGUGUUAAACUUAUAAAAAGAAUUCUCUGUUACACUUGAACCAUGUAUAAAUGUACCCUGUGUAUCUUUUUUUUAAAUGAGCAUUUCUGCAUUUAAAUUAUAUUGUUUUCUUUGUAUUGUUAACAAAAUGCAUCAGAACUGGAUUUUUUUUCUCAUCUGAGCAUACUUAAAAUUUAGAGUAUUGUGAUAUCAAGCACUUUAACAUAUGUAUCAGAGAAACUGAUGUGGGUUUUUCAGGUUUUGGAGUACAUUUAAAUAUGACUUUUCAUGCUUCAUUCUUUACAAAUAAAACUGUGGGGUUGAUACUUUGUUUUGCUUCAUUAUUAUAGAACCUUAAUACUGAGC